AUCAGGAGUGAGAAAAAAAAAGAGAGAGACAGAGAGAAGGAAGGAGGGAGAGAGCAAGUGUGCUGCUUUGAGGCGUUCCAUCAUCCACCAAACUCCUGCAGCUUCCCUCUUCCCUCCUCCUUCUCCUGGAGAGAGAGAGCAACAGAGAGAGGAAGAGUAAGAGAUAGAGAGAGAGUGGGAGCAACAGAGAGAGAGAGAGAGAGAGAGAGAGAGAGAGUCACGCUUACAAGCCAGCGGAGAAGAGACGUCAAUAGGAGGAUCUACAGAGGGAGGAAAAAAAAAAUCCUUCCCUCUCUUCUGCUGCCUCUCUUCGUGCAUCCUACGGGCAGCAAGGAGCGAAGAAGAGGAGCGAGGAGGAUCCGGCUGGCAUAUUUUUCUACACUGCUGCUUCCCCGCGAUUUUCUGCGGCCGCAUCGCAGUGGGUGGAGCGCAGGGAGAGCCGCCGAGAGCUCGAUCGGUGACACCGCUCCGCAGCAGAAGACGAGUGACCGUAGAGGAGAGCCGGGAUGCUUAACAACCUGACCGACACAGAGGAGGGGGACGGGGGAGCGCAGAGCCAGGGUGACAGUAACCCCAAGGAGAGCAGCCCCUUCAUCAACAGUAGUGAUGCUGCCGCAGAGAAGAGCCAGCAGUAUGACGGCAAGAACAUGGCCUUGUUUGAGGAGGAGAUGGACACCAGCCCCAUGGUGUCGUCUCUCCUCAGCAGCCUGGCCAACUACUCCAACCUGCCCCAAGGUAGCAAGGAGCACGAGGAGGCCGAGAACAACGAGGCUGAGUCAUCGCGCAAGAAGCCCGUCAAGGCUCCCCAGCUCGGCACUCUGAUGGGCGUCUACCUGCCGUGCAUCCAGAACAUCUUCGGAGUGAUCCUCUUCCUCAGGAUGACCUGGUUGGUGGGAAUCGGAGGUGUCAUCGGGACUUUCGUCAUCGUCUUCAUAUGCUGUACCACAACCAUGCUGACUGCCAUCUCGAUGAGUGCCAUCGCUACCAAUGGAGUAGUGCCAGCUGGAGGCUCCUACUACAUGAUAUCCCGUUCGCUAGGCCCUGAGUUUGGGGGAGCAGUGGGGAUCUGUUUCUAUCUGGGGACCACCUUCGCUGGAGCCAUGUACAUCCUGGGGGCCAUCGAGCUCCUCCUGAUCUACAUAGUGCCCAAAGCGGCCAUCUUUCCCCUGGAGGGCCUGGAGGGUGCCGAGGCAGAGGCCGCCCUGCUGAACAACAUGCGCGUGUACGGGACCAUCCUGUUGACCUCCAUGGCCACGGUGGUGUUUGUCGGCGUAAAGUAUGUGAACAAGCUGGCCCUGGUGUUUCUGGCCUGCGUCAUUCUCUCCAUUCUGGCCGUCUACGCCGGCGUCAUCAAGACCGGCGUCGAUCCUCCCGACUUCCCUGUGUGUAUCUUGGGCAACCGCACUUUGGUGUGGAAGACCUUCGAUGUGUGUGCCAAGACCAUUGAGUCAGCUAACGGGACAGUCACCACCCAGCUGUGGCGCAUGUUCUGUGACUCACCUUUCCUCAACGCUACCUGCGACAAGUUCUUCACAGCCAACAAUGUGACCCAGAUCCAGGGCAUCCCGGGGAUCACCAGUGGAAUCCUGGCAGAGAACUUGUUUGGGAACUACUAUGAAAAGGGGGAUCUGAUUGCCAGAAAGAAGAUGGAAUCAGUGGAGGAUCUGGACGACCCAUUGACCAACACAAACCGCUAUGUGUUGGCCGACAUCAACAGCUUCUUUACGUUGCUGGUCGGCAUCUACUUCCCAUCUGUGACAGGAAUCAUGGCUGGCUCCAACCGCUCCGGAGACCUGCGUGAUGCCCAGAAGUCAAUCCCCAUCGGAACCAUUGCAGCCAUCACCACCACCUCCUUCGUCUACAUGUCCAGUGUGUUUCUGUUUGGUGCUUGCAUCGAGGGUGUGGUCCUCAGGGACAAGUUCGGAGAGGGAGUCCACGGGAAUUUGGUGAUUGGCACGUUGGCUUGGCCGUCACCAUGGGUGAUCGUGAUUGGCUCCUUCUUCUCCACCUGCGGGGCGGGGCUGCAGAGUCUGACAGGAGCUCCUCGUCUCAUGCAGGCUAUCGCCAAGGACGGCCUCGUGCCCGCCCUUAGGAUCUUUGGCCAUGCAAAGGCCAACGGAGAACCCACAUGGUCCCUCCUGCUGACGGCUUGUAUCUGCGAGAUCGGCAUCCUCAUUGCUUCCCUGGAUGCAGUGGCUCCCAUCCUCUCCAUGUUUUUCCUGAUGUGCUACAUGUUUGUGAACUUGGCCUGUGCUCUGCAGACACUGCUGAGGACUCCAAACUGGAGGCCCCGCUUCAAGUUCUACCACUGGGCUCUGUCAUUCCUGGGGAUGAGCUUGUGUCUCACUCUCAUGUUCAUCUGCUCCUGGUACUACGCCAUCGUCGCCAUGGUUAUUGCCGGCUCUAUCUACAAGUAUAUCGAGUUCGCAGGUGCGGAGAAAGAGUGGGGAGACGGGAUACGAGGUCUGUCUCUGAGCGCUGCACGUUACGCUCUCAUGCGGCUGGAGGAAGGUCCACCGCACACCAAGAACUGGAGGCCCCAGUUGCUGACGCUGGUUAGUACAGACGCAGAGCAAAACGUGGAGCAGCCUCGUCUGCUCUCUCUGACCAACCAGCUGAAGGCAGGCAAAGGUCUGACCAUUGUUGGAACAGCUCUAGAGGGCACCUUCCUGGAAAACCACGACCGGUCCCAGCGUGCAGAGCAGGCGCUGCGUAAACUGAUGGAGACUGAGAAGGUGAAGGGCUUCUCUCAGGUGACCGUGUCCUCGAACCUGCGUGACGCCACCUCCCACCUCCUCCAGGCCAGUGGGCUAGGAGGCCUGAAACACAACGCUGUGCUGGUGUCCUGGCCACGCAACUGGAGGCAGGGAGACGAGCACCAGACCUGGAGGAACUUUGUUGAGUUGGUCAGAGAAACCACUGCCGCUCACCUGGCUAUGCUUGUCCCGAAGAACAUCUCGGCCUUCCCGUCCAAUGGAGAGCGCUUCACUGAGGGUCACAUUGACGUGUGGUGGAUCGUACAUGAUGGAGGCAUGCUGAUGCUGCUGCCCUUCCUUCUCCGCCAGCACAAGGUUUGGAGGAAGUGCAAGAUGCGCAUCUUCACCGUGGCCCAGUUGGACGACAACAGCAUCCAGAUGAAAAAAGACCUGACCACAUUCCUCUAUCAUCUCCGUAUCGAAGCCAUGGUGGAAGUUGUAGAAAUGCAUGACAGCGACAUCUCAGCCUACACUUACGAGAAGACCCUGGUGAUGGAACAACGGUCACAGAUGCUCAAACAGAUCAACCUGUCCAAGAAUGAGCGUGAGAGAGAGAUCCAGAGUAUCACUGAUUCAUCCCGCGGGUCAAUCCGCCGUAAGAACCCAGCCGCUGUGACCACCCAGCUGAGUGUGACCGAGGACCCGCCGGCAGCCAGCAAGGAGGAGAAGCCUGAGGAAGAGUCAAAGUCGGCCUCUUCCCCUGUGUCCCCCCCUGCCCAGGUCCAGCUCAUCCACGACAACACCACCCCAGCCAGCCCCGCGACCCCGGCCACCCCGCUGACCCCCACAGAGGGGGCUCAGAGCCCCGGGGAGCAGGUCCAGAUGACCUGGAAUGAGAAGGGUGACGGCGAGCCAGCCAAACCGCCUGGCGCAGCCACACCGGAGGGCAUCAAAGACAUCUUCAACAUGAAGCCCGAGUGGGAGAACCUGAACCAGUCCAAUGUGCGACGUAUGCACACAGCACUCCGGCUGAAUGAAGUGAUCAUCAAAAAGUCCUCAGAGGCCAAGUUAGUCCUCCUCAACAUGCCCGGGCCACCCAAGAACCGGACAGGUGACGAGAACUACAUGGAGUUCCUCGAGGUCCUCACUGACGGCCUCAACCGGGUCCUCCUGGUCCGCGGAGGCGGCCGCGAGGUCAUCACUAUCUACUCCUGAAAGAGCAGCCCCCUCCCCCACUACCACUCUCCCCGACCCCUCCCUCAGCCCUGUUCCUGUGACACCUUUACUCCCGCACCAUCAUCAACGCUGCUUCAUCGUUCUGUCGCUCUUACUGUUUAUUUCUGUAAGAUAGUCCUCUCACACCCAACCAAUAGCCCAGCUCAGCUUCAGCACCUCUCCCUCAGCUCCAUCCCCAGCAGACCGAUGAGCAGUAUCACAUGCUCCGCUUACUACACCCCUUCAUCGUAGUCCAGCAAGCUUCUAUAACUAUUGUCUGCUCUAGACUCAUUUAGAUUGCUAUCUAGAUUUGUUCUUAUAGAGACUUUAUUCUUCGCUUAGUCUGUAAUCUACUGUAGUAACCUCGCAUUGAGAUCGGACUCACUCGGUAAAGGAGGAGGUGGUGAUGUUAGGGUGUGGGUUGUUAGCUGAGGUGUGAGCGCACAUGCAUGUCUGUGUCCGUCUUUGUUGAAAUCUCUGCAGAUUUCUUAUUGUUUUGUCCUUUUUUUUUUUUUUUUUUUUUUUUCAAAUACAAGUGUGGCAUAGCAGCGGCUUCUGCUCCGAAAGAACGAGAGCCAGCUGAAAUGAGCUCAGUGUAGGAUUUGUCUGUUUAGUUCCCUCGCGGUGAUCGGACACCUCCCACAGCGCUCCAGCCUGUUGUCUUCGAUGUGAUUUAUCUUUCAAAGGCAAAAAGACACUGCUACCCACGGUCAGGACCACCAGCUGGAAGGAGAAUCAGAGUAUGAACUGUGAAAUUCACAUUGGUAUUCGAAGAAGAUUGAAAAAGGCACGUGGAUCAAAACCUGCAGUAUUAUCUUUAACCUGAUCACUCCUCAGCAUGGCGUCCUUAUAACUGUGUGUUUUUACUGUUCGGUUACCGCCAUCACUGUCUUUCUAACCCGUCCUCCGUUACAACUCAUUUUCUUAGUGGCUGUUCAUCCCCGUGGCCACUGUUAGUGCCAAAAAAAAUACAACAAGGCUAGCUUAGUUUGUAGAGAUUGACACGUAAUUAAAACUGUGAAUAGUGCGUUUCCUACCAGAAGGCUGGUGUAACAGCGGAGUGGGGAGACAGUACAAACACCCCGAGGAGAUUAUCAUUGCCAGCACCCCUCGAACCCUCGUGUGGAUCACUGUAAAUAAUGUACAAGCUCUGACGCGUUGUUCAGUAUGAGUGUAGUAUUUUUGUGACAUACUAAAAAGCUUCUAGUGGAGAGAGAAAACGUUCCCUUCGCCGAGGAGGGACAGCUCAAAAAACCGCUGUUUUAAAAAAAUUAUUUAUCUAUUUAUUUAUUUAUUUAUUGGAUGGCAUAGGCUCCUGUCACUAUGGUAACUGUCAUUGUAACCUCGACAAGCACUGCACCUGCACUGUCCGCCACUGUGCAAAACAAGUGAAAACUUUGAUGAAUUCAUCAAAAUACAUUAAGUUAAAAAAAAAUUAAAAAACACUAAAUGUUAUUUUUUCAUCUAGAGAACAAAUAAUGUAUUUAUGUUUAUAGACAAAAGUUACACAUAUUGAUGAAAUAGUUGUGUCAUUUUGAUUGUCACUCAGAUAUAUUGUUGUUUUUUUGCCUGAUUUAGAUACAUUAAAUGUGCCAUAUCAAAGUAUUUUUCAAAGAGAAAUAGUGAACAAAAGAUUCUAUUGAUUGAAUUGGAGAGAACAAAGUGUGUUGAAAAACAAGCAGGAGAAAUAAGGUGUCGACAUGAAACUAGUACUGGUAAUGACACUGUAGUUAGAAAGUCGCCCUAUAGAUCAUAAAAGAAUAGAUGUUCGGAUUUGAAGUAUAUCAGCUCUUACUGAGGUGAGACUUUGAACAUCUAUCAAUUGUUUAUUUAUGGGGUCAAGUCUAAAUAAACCGAGAGGACAAAUGGCUCCUGUAGCUGGGAAACGUCCACCAGGCUGAACUCUAUGCAGUAGACUCUCCAGUGAGAUUUUCUAUCCUCUAGAUUGGUUAAGAUUUGAGCCACACAUGUCCCCGACUGAAUGACUUGUGAGCGAAAUCAUAUUUAGGUUUAAAAAAAAGUGCAUCUUGGAAGGAAUGUGCAAUAGUUGAAAUCCGGACUCAUGUGAUCAUGUUAUUUAUUUUUUUACACAUAUAUUUUGUAUAUGUAGAUUUCGUAAGUCUUUAAAAAAAAAAAAAAGAAUCCAGAAUCAUCUCACUCUGACCAAGGACAGCUGUCACUUUACUUUAUUUGUUUCUUUUCUCAAAAGAAACUGUUUUUGGUCAUUUGCACUUGUAGUAGAAAUAUGAAUAUAAAUAAAUACGUAUAUAUAAAACAGUAUAUACAAUAUAGGGGAGCAAAAACAAAAUUAGUUUCUAGAAGUAUUUACAAACAGUAUUAAAUGUUUUUAGUGUUGCCUGAAUGUCGGACCAUAUGUUGUGAAUGCUGCUAGUAUCUAUAGAUUUAUUUGUAUUGUAAAUAGAGAUGAGUAAAGCAACAUUAAAGAUCAAGUGAAAAAGGGUAUAGACAUACAUAUCAGUGGUGGUGGUUGUUUAACUAGACGAGGCUGUACCUGUAAACAUUUGGCCUGAGGUCUCUGGACAGGGUUAGCUUUCUGUUUUAUUAGAAAACUAUACUGAAUACCUUGAUGCAAUAUUACAACUGAGGGCAAAAUCCUCCACCCUUUUAUUCUCUUUUUAAAAAAAAAAGAAUAGAAACGCUCUCUUGAUUAUAACAUCUCUAAUCCCUUAAGUAAAGUGAACCAAUUUUAACCUAACAAGAUUAAUUUAUUUAAAGAAACUUAUAAGAAUCACCAAAAUGUAUUUAAAUAUGAAUAUUUAUCUGCUAAACGUUACUGUUUGCAAAUUUUUAACACACCUACCUUUGACACCUGUGAUACUUAAGAAAGCAGCCACUCCUAGUUUUCAAAGAUUUUAGGGUGCCAAGUCAUGAAGAUUUCCUUUACUAUGCUUGUCACACUUAACUCUGACAACGGGGGUCGUUUAAAACGCUCACGUCCGUUUUUGAAGAACGCGGCUAUUUUGGGAUUGUCUCCUUCAACAUUGCCUGCAUCAACUGAGCCUUUUAAAUUUAUUCAGAAGAAAAGAUAUCUGACGUUUAUUGGAGAAGUUUAUCGGAAAUGAAUUUAUUUAUCGAAUUAUAAAUGUUUUAUAAUUGCUGUUUGCAUGGAACUAUGUGGCAAUAUUUGUUUUAGUGGUUUCUAUAGUGAUGACUUAACAUGUUUGAGGUGCAGAGUGGGGGUCAAAGGUUGUCGAAUGUUCUCAUUGAGUUACAGAUUUCCGAGAACUCUGGAGUGUUUGCCGCUCAGCCGGGCGACACGGCUCGACCUUGAAAACAAGUCUUUUGCAAAAAAAAAAUAAGAAAAAGUAUGAGUUCACUAUAUUGUUACUUGUUAUAUUUCAAUCUUGCUCAAAUAGUCUUAUGUAACGUAAUAGGAGAUUUUUGAGUUUGCGAAUGGAUGGGCCUCAGAAGUGGUCAUUUCACCUUUGUAAAUAUAUAUCACUCAAGUCAGAGACACUGCAACCUACUAGUGUUGUCUUUUGUUGUACACUGUUCUAUCACUGUGGACAAAGUCUUAGAGUUUUGUAACGAUUAUGUGCAAUAUUGUUCUCACAUUAGUACUUUUUUCAUUCUGUCACGGUUAUGUUUCUUUUCUAUAAACAACUGGAGGUGUCACUUAUUUCAUCAGCAUGUUCGUCACCAGGUCUUACAGACGAUAAAGAUCUACAGUGUUCAACCCAAACGUGGCUGAGACAGCAAAAGCACUUUAACACUGAGGGUACUCUGUGACAGGAUCAGUCUGCAGGAGUGGGAGUGUACUGACUCUAUCCCACAGUGACCUCUGGUGGCACACGAGUGUAUUACAGCCAGCCGUGGAGGUCUGACAGCUCAGACUAUAAAAUAGGAUUUAAUUCCCAUCAUCUUGCAGCAGUUUAAAACUGCAAUAACGCAGAAACCUACCUGCUGAUUUUGUUUACAUCGUUCAGCAUUUUUUUCUUCUAGCAUGCAUCACAUUUUUUUCCUUUUCUCUUGCCAAACUUCUUUAAAAAAAAAAAAAGAAUAGUAACUGUUCAAUUUAUAGUGCUUGUCACUCAAUCUGUGAGGUCAGCCUUCCCAGAAUCCUCUCCUCCACCCUCCCCUACCUCCCCCUGUCCUCACCCCAUCCGCCCCAAACCCCCCGGCCUCCCCCAUCCCAGCCACUAAAUCCACCCCAGCUCUGUAUUUUAAAUGUGAUUGCAGUAUAAUUCUGAAAAAUGAUCAAAGAAUAUAAAACUCGCGCUUCCAAUUCUGGCACCGGCUCUGCUUGGGCGACGCGAGAGAUAGUCCACUUAGAAAACCAGCACGUCCCCCUCUCCCCACAGCUGAUCCAUGAUUUAGAUCAGAUCCUUUCGCCUGCACAACUGUAGCAUGAGACAAACUUGCCGGUGAUCAUUACCCAGUCUCCAUCCUUAAAUGGAUAUUAAGGGCUCUGAAACACAUCUGUUACCGGGUUGAGGACGCUGUCCUGUUAAAGACACCAACAGAGAAAAUACAAAAAAAAAACAAGUCCCAGAUUCUGGCAGAGAGGGCACACACACACACACACACCGUCUGUAGCUGAGAUAACAUCUUACCCUUCAGUAUAUAUAUAUAUUGUCACAGAAGCAUCAGACAGACGUGCCUGAUGUCGGAGGUUAAAGCUGCACUUAACAUUUCACACAGUCGACCUCUCUGGGAGCUAAAGAGAAGAACUCGAGUGGCUAUUCACGCAGUGCAAGCAGAGCCAGGUCCCAGUCAUGUUGUGUAUCUCAGUGCAUGCAUGCAAUUACCCUGAACAAGGUGUAUUGAAAAUAUAUUGGGUGUUUGUGGUAUAAAAGUAUUUUUGUUUAUAUCAGAAACUUUUCUUUUAGUAGUAUGAAUUUUUUUUUUUUCUCUUUCCUUAGGACUGGCCAAUCAUUGUAUCCAAGAUGAAUAUUAUUAUUAUUAUUAUUAUUAUUAUAGUACAAGAUUCUAUUUUUUAUGGUAGAUUAAGGUCUUCUCAUUGUGUCAAAUAUUAUCUGCAGAUAAACUGAUUACCAAAGUAUAUUUCAGUUAACUACAUAAAUGAUGGUGUGCAAAUGUGUGCUCCAGUGACUUAAACACAGACAAGUAAAGUAAAUACUGUUUACUUUCUAAAAAAAAAUGUGUAACAAUUAUCAGUUUAAAAGAAAGCAUGGUUUCAAUAGGGUAAACCCUUGAAUGUGCCAAAGUAGUAGAGGAGACGCCUGCAAAUCCACAGCCUGUCCAAAACUGUACAUUUUACCCACUUUUCAGUAAAUAUCUGGUUAUAUUCAGUGUAUUAAGUAUAAAAAAUUGUCGACAUUCAGACGACCUUUAAAGAAAAAGUUUGACAUUUUGGGAAAUGUGCUUUGUCGAGAGUUGGCACAAAGAAACGGGGUUAACAGCUAGCCAGGCUCUGUUCAACGGUAACAACAUCCACCUACCAGCAUCUCUAAAGCUCAUUUAUUAACAACUUCUAUCUGGUUUAUUCGUACAAAAACAAGUGUAAAAAUGAUAAAAGGCUGUUUUACGGACUAGCCUAUUUCUUGGCUUGUAGCCAGCAGAGAUUCCAGGAGGUCCCGACCAAGAUAUAGUCCGGUACAUAACCCCUCAUAAAACGGCAAUUUAUCACUUCUACAUGUCAGUUUUUGUACUUCUUAAACAGAUGUGUUAAUUAUUGAGCUUUAGAGGUGUCGGUAGCAGAUUGUGUUAUCUCUGGACAGAGCCAGGCUCGCCGUUUCAACCCGGUAUCGAGUCUUUGUGCUAAACUAAGUAAGCAGGCUGCUGGUGUCGAAUACGGUUUCCCCGUCGAACAGCGUUUCUCCGCCUAAACCUAAAACCAUUAUCCCUAACCACUGAGGGCGGAGCUAUUCAACGGGGUUACACAUUUCAACAUAACACCGGCAGUAGCUUCAUAUUUAACUGACAGACAUGAGGGACCUUCUCAUUUAACUCUUGGGAAUAAACACAUUCACCAAAAUGUAUUUUCUUUUAACACUUUGAAUUUUAAAAUAAAUACAGUAUUUAAUUUAAUACGCAGUACCUCCCUCCGGAGGAACUGUCUCUCUAUCCAGGUUUGUUUUUAAUUCACUGGAGUCGUGGGAAACGUUUUGUAUGGAUGCUUGACCAAAUGUAAUGGAUGUAGGUAUAGAUGAUAUAUACAGCAUACACACAAAGACACACCUGUAUCAAAUUUCAGUAGUAUGAAAAUGUUUUUUUCAUUCCGAAACCGUUCAUUACUCCUUGAUACUGUACCUAGUCUUAUGGUAAAGCCGUAGUGUGUUCCUUUCAGUUCUGUGGGAGUGUGUAGUAUGUGUGUACAUGUGCACUUGUAACUGCUGGGGGCGGGGGUGGGAGGGGGCUACGUGUAAAUAAAUCAAAUACAGUUAGUGUGGAGGUGUUUUUUUUGUGUCAGUGUAAGUUAAAUAUUCUAAAAUUUAAAAAAAGAACGUAUUAUUCUCUAUUGUGUUUCAUGGUACAUUAAAAAAAGAGGAAAAAAGUAGUUUUAUCUUACAUUUCAAAUGCUUAUAUCUCUAUGGCUUCUGGCGAUACCCGUUCCAUUUUAUAGAUUUGUCAGCACAAAAUGCAAUAAACCAAUACCAUUUUAUUACA